CAACCUGGAGAAUGCCGGACGAUUCGACUGCCCGCGUUCCGAAAGUGGAUGCGGCCAUCGACCAUAUGGGCUGGACGAGGAGAUCGCUGGGUCACUCAGGUGUUAUACGCUUGGAAGAUUCCCGCUGCUGUUAAGGUAGUCAACAUUUCCGAUCGCAUUUGGCAAACCCUCGUUUAUGAGAAUACUAUAUCUGUCAAAGCCCAGGCUCGAGAGUCUCAACGUCUAGACGACCUUCAGAAGAUGGAACCACCGGCCGUCCAAACGCCGAACUAUCCGUGGCCGACAAAGAUGAUGAUUCGUCCAUCGCCAGGUUGCGAGGAAGCGAGAGUGAUCAACCUUCAGAUAGUCCCAAGUGAAGUGUAUGAUGAAACAGUCGAAGUCGGUGAGCGGUUGUCAAUGAGGACUCCAGUAGUGGCGACAACAGUAUUUGAAGUGAGCGAGAUUUCGGAAGCUGAAGAUGAAGCAACGAACGUUCCAACAGGUGAAGUUGAGGAAGUGCUAGAUGAUCAGGACUCCGAUGACGAUGAAUUUUUUGACUCAAUUAGUGUCGAAGAUGAUUUCCCGAAAGUCAAAUUGGAGGACAUUCCAAGAGUGGAACCUGAGGAUGAUGUCUUUUCGGACUUGCCGGUAGCGGUGAUGGCUUGUACGCCAGUUCAGCAACUUGAGCUAGAAUACGAGCGCGUGAUGCGAAUAAGUGCCGAAGAGUUGGAUCUCGAACCCGCAGUUUAUGUUCAUGAAGGGAGCGAAACAUUAUCACAACUCCGGGAACAACUCGCAUUGCUUCCGGACAUCGAAGAAUUAUCUCCGAAGUGUGAUAUCGACUCGGCCGACGUUGGAGAAUCGGGGACGAGUACUCCAGAAGACGACCGAAGAUUGCGAGGGAUUCUGAAGUAUCAUCGAGCCAUUUUUCUGGGAGAUGGGAAUGCGGUUCCAGCUCCGGCGCGAGGUGUCACUUGUGAUUUGGAUGUUGGAGAGGCGAACCCUGUCGCUCAGCGCCCCCGAUCGGUUGCCCCACAUUUGUCGAUCAAUAGUAUGAACUGCUGA